UGCAGUUCUGCGCCUGCGCGGGAGAUGUCUGUUGGCUCCAGCGCUCAGUUCCCGGCCGGGAGGGAGUCCACUGGGCUAGCUACGCGAUGCUGAGGCUCCAGGUGGUGCUCGGCCACCUGAAAGGCCAGCCCGCUUCGGCCUCGGAGCCGGCGCCGCAGGCCGCGCCGUGUUGGAGCGGCGCUCCGCGGGCGCCGGCCGAGGACGUAGUGGUGGUGCACGGGCGCCGCACGGCCAUUGGCCGAUCGGGCCGCGGCGGCUUCAAGGACACCACCCCCGACGAGCUUCUCUCGGCCGUCAUGACCGCGGUUCUCCGGGACGUCAAGCUGAGCCCGGACCAGCUGGGGGAUAUCUGCGUGGGAAACGUGCUUCAGCCUGGGGCCGGAGCAGUUAUGGCCCGAAUCGCCCAGUUUCUGAGUGACAUCCCAGAGACUGUGCCUUUGUCCAGUGUCAAUAGACAGUGUUCAUCGGGACUCCAGGCGGUGGCCAGCAUAGCUGGUGGCAUCAGAAAUGGGUCUUAUGACAUUGGCAUGGCUUGUGGGGUGGAGUCCAUGUCGCUGGCUGACAGAGGGAACCCUGGCAAUAUUACUUCACGCUUGGUGGAGAAAGAGAAGGCCAGAGACUGCCUGAUUCCUAUGGGGAUAACCUCAGAGAAUGUAGCUGAGCAGUUUGGCAUUUCAAGGGAGAAGCAGGACACCUUUGCACUGGCUUCCCAGCAAAAGGCAGCCAGAGCCCAGAGCAAGGGCUGUUUCCAAGCCGAGAUCGUGCCUGUGACCACCACAGUCCAUGACGACACGGGCACUGAGAGGACCAUCACUGUGGCCCAGGAUGAGGGCAUCCGCCCCAGCACCACCUUGGAGGGCCUGGCCAAACUAAAGCCCGCCUUCAAGAAGGGGGGCUCGACUACGGCUGGGAACUCCAGCCAGGUGAGUGACGGGGCAGCUGCUAUCCUGUUGGCCCGGAGGUCCAAGGCAGAAGAGUUGGGCCUUCCCAUCCUGGGUGUCCUGAGGUCCUAUGCAGUGGUUGGGGUCCCGCCUGACAUCAUGGGCAUUGGACCUGCCUAUGCCAUCCCUGUAGCUUUGCAAAAAGCAGGGCUGAUGGUGGAUGACGUGGACAUCUUCGAGAUCAAUGAGGCCUUUGCCAGUCAGGCCGUCUACUGUGUGGAGAAGCUGAAACUACCCCUUGAGAAGGUGAACCCUCUGGGAGGGGCCGUGGCCUUGGGCCACCCGCUGGGCUGCACUGGGGCGCGACAGGUCAUCACGCUGCUCAACGAGCUGAAGCGCCGCGGGAAGAGGGCAUACGGGGUGGUGUCCAUGUGCAUCGGGACCGGCAUGGGAGCCGCCGCUGUCUUCGAGUACCCUGGGAACUGAGUACCCUGGAGCCCAGGCUCCAGGUGCUACCCAGUGCUCUGGCGGCCACACUGCAGAAGUGACACCUGGGAAAUUGAGCACUGGAGGUGGGGGCAAAUCAAGGCACUUCAGCCAACAAUGCAGGAGCCGGGGAGGUAUGAGGCCCCUCUUGCUAGGACAGAGGAAGGUCGCCCGUGUACUGCCUGGGGAUGGGGAGUGCAGUGGACAUAGUAAAUGUGUCACCUUGUCUCAGCA